GGUCGGAUCCUCCCCCGGGCUGGGGGCGGGCUCCUGGACGGCCGCGCGCCCUGGAACCCGGCGCCCACAGAGCCGCGGCACCAUGGCACCUGCCGGACGCCCGGGGGCCAAGAAGGGGAUUUUGGAACGCCUGGAGAGUGGGGAGGUUGUGAUUGGAGAUGGCAGCUUUCUCAUUACUCUGGAGAAGAGAGGCUAUGUGAAGGCUGGGCUCUGGACUCCAGAGGCAGUGAUAGAACACCCAGAUGCAGUUCGUCAACUUCACAUGGAAUUCUUGAGAGCAGGAUCAAAUGUCAUGCAGACUUUUACCUUUUCUGCCAGUGAGGACAAUAUGGAAAGCAAGUGGGAAGAUGUAAACGCUGCUGCCUGUGACCUCGCCAGGGAAGUGGCUGGCAAAGGUGAUGCUUUGGUAGCAGGGGGGAUCUGCCAGACAUCAAUAUACAAAUACCACAAGGAUGAAGCUAGAAUUAAAAAACUUUUUCGACAACAGCUAGAAGUUUUUGCCUGGAAAAAUGUGGACUUCUUGAUUGCAGAGUAUUUUGAGCAUGUUGAAGAAGCUGUGUGGGCUGUGGAAGUCUUAAAGGAAUCAGAUAGACCUGUGGCAGUUACCAUGUGCAUAGGCCCAGAGGGAGACAUGCAUGAUAUAACCCCCGGAGAAUGUGCUGUGAGGCUGGUGAAGGCAGGGGCUUCCAUCGUUGGCGUGAACUGCCGCUUUGGGCCCGAGACCAGCUUGAAGACGAUGGAGCUCAUGAAGGAGGGUCUUGAGCAGGCAGGGCUGAAAGCACACCUCAUGCUGCAGCCCCUGGGGUUCCACACGCCUGACUGUGGCAAAGAGGGGUUUGUGGAUCUCCCAGAAUAUCCCUUUGGACUGGAGUCCAGAGUUGCCACCAGAUGGGAUAUUCAAAAAUACGCCAGAGAGGCCUACAACCUGGGGGUCAGGUACAUUGGCGGGUGCUGUGGAUUUGAGCCCUACCACAUCAGGGCAAUUGCAGAGGAGCUGGCCCCAGAAAGGGGCUUUUUGCCACCAGCUUCAGAAAAACAUGGCAGCUGGGGAAGUGGUUUGGACAUGCACACCAAACCCUGGAUUAGAGCAAGGGCUCGAAGGGAGUAUUGGGAGAAUCUGCUGCCAGCUUCAGGCAGACCUUUCUGUCCUUCGCUGUCAAAGCCAGACGUCUAAGGAGUAGUGAAAGAAAACCCUGAAAUAAUAGAACAGAAAAAAGUUGCCCUCAAGCCUGACCUGGAACUGUUCCUCGCCUUCAUCCUCACCAUGCCCUGCUAUCUCCAGCUGCUGAGCAGCUGAGGUGCUGCAGCCCCUUCCCUUCCAGCCCACAAGUGCGUACAUACUGAGCUCCUGCUGUGGUUAAGCACUGCAACAGACGCUACCAGAGAUGCAAAGAGAAGCGAGAGAGGCACCCUGUUCUACAAGAACUUACUGUCCAAUAAUGCUGUGGUGCAUUCCUUUGAAGAUCAUCAAGAAUAGCCAAACUUGUCUUUGAGGGUGAAUUUGACGCUUUAAAAUAAUCAGAAGUCACUGAGACCCAAAGCUAGUGAAUAAUUCAAGUGACUAAGCUAGGUACUUGAGGAUGAUAGAGCAACACUAAACUAAAGCAAUGAGUCUGCUUUUUUUAAUGAUUUAUACAAUGACUCCAAAGGCAAUCCCAAAGAAAAGAUGUAAAGAAUGUUUUGAGCAAUGGUAGCAUUAUUGAAAUAAAUGUGUAACUAUCCAAAGUGAUUACUUUCAAAAUGAUUUUUACCUAAAGAUAUUAGGUCCAGCCAGGCAAAGUGACUCACACCUGUAAUCCCAGCACUUUGGGAGGCUGAGGCGGGUGAAUCACCUGAGGUCAGGAGUUCAAGACCAAGCUGACCAACAUGGUGAAGCCCUGUCUCUACAAAAAUACAAAAAUUAGCCAGGUAUGAUGGCGGGUGCCUGUAAUCCCAGCUACUCGGGAGGCUGAGGCAGGAGAAUCGCUUGAACCCGGGAGGCAGAGCUUGCAGUGAGCCGAGAUCGGGCCAUUGCACUUCAGCCUGGGUGACAGAGUGAGACUCCAUCUCAAAAAAAAAAAA